AUGCCGGCCGGCGGCCCAAUGGCGAGGCACCAACAUGCCAACCACAGGGCCUGUCUCAUCUCUAAUCCAUCUCCCAUCGACGUGAGAGAUGACGAGCAGCGGGGGAGGCAUGGGCUGGGCGUCUCUGAUUGGAAAGCGUCGGAGAAAAAGGAAGCAGGAAUAGAAGAUGUGGAAAUGCGCCGUCAGCCCCCAAGAGAGCGCCGGCGUGCGCCCAACAGGCUGGCUGCCGCUGGUGGCCGGGGAUUGAUCAGCACUGCAACAAGUCUGCAGACAGUACUCCCCUGCUGCAGCCUGUGCCUGGCUGGGACAGCGAGGCCCAUUAUCGGCCAGGGCAGUGUCGUGGAAAAGUGUGGCCAUGUGGAGAGACACGGAGUCAAGGAGUGGAAGCCGUGGUGGACCAUGGCCCAAGGCUUCACAAGUCAAGACCCAGGAGUCAUUCAGGACUAA